AUGAACACUGCCACAGAGAACCCUGACUCACAAGACCCGUUGGGCCGGGCACGUCAAACUGCUGUGGGCUGUCGCAUCGCCAUGGUGAUGAUGCAGUACAGUAUAAUGGCCAACAGCUACUGGCUGCUGGUAGAAGGCAUCUACCUCCACAACCUGCUGGUCAUCACUGUGUUCACAGAGAGGAACUACUUCAAAAUCUACCUGUGCAUUGGCUGGGGUACCCCGUUAAUAUUCCUCGUGCCCUGGGUGAUAGCUAAAUACCUGUAUGAAAACCAAGAGUGCUGGGGACAAAAUAUAAACAUGCAUUACUGGUGGAUCAUCCGUUCUCCCAUUCUGCUAGCAGUUGUGAUCAACUUCCUUAUCUUUAUCCAUAUCAUCAAAAUUCUGGUGUCAAAACUUAGAGCACACCAAAUGAGGUAUACAGAUUACAAAUUCAGGUUGGCUAAGUCGACUCUAACCCUGAUCCCCCUGCUGGGCAUCCAUCAGGUGGUCUUCAUCUUCGUCACAGAUGAGUCCACCAAGGCCACCAUAGGACUGCGCCUCACCAAGCUCUUCAGCGACCUCUUCUUCUCCUCCUUCCAGGGUCUCUUGGUGGCCAUCUUGUACUGCUUUGUCAACAAAGAAGUGCAAUCGGAGAUCUUGAAGAAGUGGAAGCGCUGGAAGCUAGGGAGGAACAUAGAGGAGGAAUACCGCCACACCUACAGCAAUACCCCCAACACCAAGACAGCAAGCCUGCUGAACCACGUCUCUCGUCUGCCUCAUCUCCCCGACAUCGCUAAGACCUCCUCCCCGGUCUGCAGCCCUGAGGAGACGCACAUGCUCGUGGCUGCAUGUCACAACGGUAUGGUCAACAGUAAGGGGGCAGGCCAGUGUGCCUCCCCGCUUCACGAGGGAACAAACUGCACCCUACUGGAGGACAUGAGCCUUACGGACAGGGUGCAUUGUUACGAGGGUCAGAGAGAGAAUGUGGAGAGCCACCUGUGAAAGGUACCAGGAAUAAGACCUUAUUGAGCUCUCCUCUGGCUCUGUCAUACUGCCCUGGGUGGCUGUGAAGAGCAGGGCUGAUGAACUCAUCUGUCUGAGUGUCUUUUGCCCAGAGAUUGGUGAAACUGAACGGAGAACAGUCCUCUCCACAGCCUGAGAAUGGAGAAUAAUACGGCAGCCUCCCACACUGAGAUGUGCUGUGAGCCGUGUAAAUUGAUUUCUGUACAUGUUUGUCGGACAGCAGAAGAAACUGCUGCAUUUUGAACAAUAGCAUCUCAAGGCAGAUAAGCCAUGUAAAAUAAUAAGACAAAAACCUCAAACCUCAAAUAGCAACAAUGGAAACUAAACAAAAAGAAAAACAGUGUCAUGGCUUGAGCCUCUGCUUUACUUUGUGAUGUGUAUCAAAUGUGUGUUUUGCGGUACUGGAGGCUAAAGACAAACUGGACAUUGAACUGCAUACACAAAAAGACCAAACAAGUUCAUCAUAACAAAUGGUAGGAAACAAAAUGCUUCUUUGCUUUGCUUUGAUAUCUGAUUUAUUGUCUAACAAGAGAAUAAGCAUUCUGCUGUACCUCAUACAGUGAGGUGACCACCGUGCUGUCCCGGGGGACGUGGAAAUUGGCAGCUGCUCUCACCAGGUCAUUUCUGGUUUACAUAUAGCCAAGUGAUGGUAUAAGAUGCAUUAUAAAUCAGUUAAAAUUGCUUGACUAGGUGUUUUACAGAAAAUAAGUGUUUUUUUUAUAUAGGUCUAAGCAAUGGAUUCUGUCGAGUGCUUAAGUUGUAACCGUGUAAAUGUGCCAGGUGUGUUUUCAAGGGGGUGUAUUUUCAAUGUUGUGAAAGUGAAUGUUUUCUUUUCCCCUAGCCAUCAAGAUGUUGUCUGACUCACAUGCCCUGAACCUCAACAUAAUAACCCACUCUAAGCUUAUAGAGGAAACUGUGCACUCAAAUCAAGGAUAAAAAUACACAGCAUAUGGACAUGGCCUGUAGAGGCACACAUGCAUAAAGAAUGAAUCUAACACUGUGACUCAAAGUAACUUGUCGUCUCUGGCACAGGGGUGUUUUUGCCGUUUUAAAUAUAGGCUGUCGUGCAUGCAAAUUUUGCAUAUUUAGUUUAGGUUAUUACAGUGCCAUCACAUUAGUGUCCCCACUGUGCAAAUGCAAAAAAGAGAUGAAAAAACGUUUGUGUGAAUAAUUUUCUGUGCCUAGUUACUCUACAAACAGUGUUUACUAUUCAGCCUUACCCCGUGUGUGCAGGGGCUGUGGACGAAUCUCUAAAAGUAGAACAAAACCUAUAAUGACAAAUAAAAGCUAAAUUAGCAGUGGUACAUUCACUUAUGAAUACAUUGCAUUUCUUUUCAAAAGAGGGAAGCCUCCUUCAUAACGUUUAUUUUCUUUUAGUUUCAUCUUGACGUUGUAUGUAUGACUAUUUGCACAAUGUUAAUUUAUAAUUGCUAAAUACUGUGUAUAUAUGUGUUUAUACAGGUGAUUUAUUUGAUAGCUGUCAAUAUUUGAUUGUUUCUUGGCUUACGUGUGCGUGUUUGUAUAUUUUCAAGUGGGUAUGAAUGCGUGUGGUUUAAAUAUUCCAGAUUUGUGGAUGUGCUGCAGUAAAGAUGAAUCAUCGGCAUCAGCCAGAUAAGCGAUGUGUUGAUAUGACCCCGUUCAAACAGAGCUCGGAGGUCAGUGGUCAGUGUGAGUCCCACUCUAGCAUAAACAGUGUGCGUCACAUGAAAAAGUAAUGCCUGUAUAAGGAAUAACAAGAACAGAGCUUUGUGUUUGACUAUGGGAGCUGCUCUCAUUGUGGUUCCUGUAAAUAAUUGUGUAGUUCAGAGCAAAAUAAGAGCACAACAUGCAGCAUGUUUUUUAUUCAGAUAAUAGCUCUGUGCAUUUACACUUCAGCCAGGAGCUGGUGUUGAGUUGAUGCUAAGGAUAAUAAUGGAGCAGGUAGUCAGAAUUGAGCUGGGAGCAUGAAACACAUCUGGCGCUGCUUUUGCCAAGAAGUUAAUCCUCAGUGGUUUUCUUGUUUUCCAGAGCAGGAGAAAUGAUUAGAUACGGUAACAGGGGAAUGUUGUGCACCUUGAGUAAAAUAGUAUUUAUAUGUAAGUAUGGUCUAAAUAUAUUGCUGAUUUUAUUUCAAAUUAAUACAUGUAUUUUAAGCUGUGACCAUGUAUGUUUUUGAAGCCAGCAGCUUGGGUCUCUCCCCUAUCUGGACCAAAGUGGUUCUGUAUGAAUGUAUUCUAUAAGGGGCCCAAAUCAGUAUUUUCAUUUUCUCUUAAAGCUGGUUGUGUACAAUAUAUUUGCAGUGAGGAACCAAUCAGUAAACUGUGUCCAGGUGUAUACAGUUCAUCAUAUAUUGUGUCCGUUUAUCAAACUUUGUCCUAAUAGUGAAAGAAUAAACUACAAUGUAUGUGAAAGAGUAUUUUUGCUGUGUAUUUUGUAUCAGUGCA